AUGGCAAUAGCUUUAAUAUUGCUUCCCGCUAUAUUGAUUACUAUUCCUUUCUCCGUUGUGGAAACGACUGCCCUAGAUACUUCGGUGCAAUCUGGGACUGGGACUGGGACGGGGACGUUUUGUACCGAUCAGCAGAACCUGCAGGUCCAGAAGCCUCUUCCCUGUGAAGUGGAAGAGCUGAAGCUCAAAGUCGCUCGAUUAGAGUCGAUUCUUGAAGAAAGAUCUAGACUUUCGAAUGCCCAAAGCUUAUAUAUCAGGGAUAUUGAGAAGAAAAUUGAAGAGUUUACUCUUGAAAUUGACCGUCUAAGAGCCAUUUUGUCAGGCUUCGAGGUUGAUUCCUUGCGUGCAAAUCAAAGGCUUGAUGCUCUUGAAAAAGAGGUUCGACCUCUUUGGGAUGCCUCUCGGAGGAACAACUUUGAGAUUCAUAGUUUGGAGCUUAAAGCAUUAGAUGCUGAGAGAAGAUUGAAACUUGUUACUUCACAAGUUGAAGAGAUGGCUGAAAUCGUAUCUGAACAGUGGAUUCAAAUUCAGCAACUUGAGCAAGCUGUUCACAUGGCAGAGAUGAGAAUGUUGAAAUAUAAAAGAGAAGUAAGAUGGAAUAGAUGUCCAUUUGUGAAGUUCAUAAAAACUACUUUUGCCCCUUAUUUCAAAAUGUUAAAGGGGAUUUUGGAUCCCUAUCUCACACCAGCUUGGGGCUACUGCAAGUCUCAUGUUUUGAAAACCUUCACAGCUGCAAAGCUUUAUCAUCACCAGUUGCAAGGUUUUGUAAAGCAGUCAAUGGUAGGCAAUGAUCUCACGGCAGCCCUUGCUCAUGAGGAAGUGAUUUUUUUCUUGGCGUCAGCUCUGGUGGCUUUUCCCUUGCCAAAUUUUCAUUCAAGCGUGAAUGCUAUCUUGGGAUUCGCCUAA